AAUACCCCACACGUUUCCUGCAGCAGCGGGAGCAACAGGGGGGUUGGGGCUGGGUGCAGGGACAGGCAUGAGUGGCAUAAGUGGUAUUCGUCCCUCGGCCUUGAGUGUGCGGCUGCCUGCGAGAAUGGCAGCAGAGGUUGCGCGCAGUGACAAUGGCAGCGACUGCAGGGAGAGCGAGGGGGAGAGCGACGGGUGUGGCAGCGACGCUUGCAGUAAUAGGCUGGCUGAUGUGAUGAGCAACCGGUUCAGUGAAGAUCUUAGUGGGCGGUUGAGUGGCGGGGAGAGCAGUGGGAGCUACAGGGAGGAGCCGUGGAAGGGUGUGGAUUGUUGGAGUGAUCGGGAGGAAGGGGUUGAGAGGGAUCGGGAUGGGCGGAGGGAGGGUGGGGUGUGGAGUACUGAGGAGGAAGCGAGGAGAAAGGCACAGAUGGAUAGGGAGACACGUUCCGAUGCAGGUAGGUCAGUCUCACAGACGAGCAGAGGGGGGAGGGAGGGGGACGGGGGGAGGGCGAGCAGCAGAGGGGCACUGAACGGGGUGCUGCAGCUGCUGCCGACAGGAGCAAGCAAGGGGCGAGAGGACAACCGCGCUGAUACCUCUCCUGCCGCCACCACCGCUGCUGCAAGUAGCGGUGGUGGCAGCGGCAGCGCGCCAGCAGGCGGGGCAGGAGCAGGGUCGGGGCUUCGGUCGCCGGGGCGGUGGUUUGGGAGUCAGGAGGCGAAGCCUCGGGCUAGCAGCAUGCGCGCUGCAGGCACGGAACGAGUCACGGAUGAGCCUCGCAAGGGCGGUAAGAGCCUGGACUUGCGGCGGCUUAGACUGUCUCUGUUUGAGGAGGAGGCUGGGAAGGGGGAGAAGGGCGGCGGUGGGGCGGGUAGAGGUGGGAAGGGGGGAGAGAGUGAGGAGGAAGCGGAGGAUGGGAGGGAUGGGAGGGGGAGGAGAGGGGGGGAUGGAGGGCGUGGGAGUGGGGAGGAGGAUGGGAGAGGGGAGGAGGAGGUUGGGAGGAGGCAAGGGCGAGGGGGGCGAGGGAAGGGGGCGGGUGGAGGGGGGGAAGGCGGGGGAGGAGGAGGGAGGCGGGGGCUGCUUGAUGUGUUGAAAGGGCAGCACAAGUCCCCGCGGCGAUCGUCACACCAGGCAGAGGAGAAAGCCUUUGGCUCUGGUUUGCCUGCCACUGCCACGGCUGCUGCUGCUGCUGCUGCUGCUAGUGGUGGUGGUGGGGGCACUGGUGGGGGUGGGGCCAGCAGCAGUCACAGCGGUGGGUGGUGGGAUUCGUCUCGCAAGCAGUCUUCCUCCACCCCACGCUCCUCCACAACCACUCCGCGUUCCUCCACCACUCCCCACUCCUCUGGACCCUCUCAAACCACCACACCACGCCCCCCCUCCGCGAUCACCCCCACUUCCUCCACGUCCUCCUCCCCCACUGCGGAUGCUGCUCCCAUGGGGGGAGGCGGACACGUGGGCGGAGGCGGAGGGGGAGGCGGGGGAGGUGGGGGAGGGGGAACGGGAGGGGGUCUCUCAGGGGGAGGCAGCGGAGGGCUGGGCGGAACAGGGAGAGACGCAGGUGCUGCCUGCUGGAGCCCCCGGGACUCUUCCUCUGCUGUUCCGUCGUCCACUUCUGCUUCUACCACUACCUCUUCUGCCUCUGUGCCCGCGCUCGUCCUCCCCACACCUGACAAGUCCCGUGGGUGGACCAGGGCGGCGUGGGUGAGGGCUUCUAAGAGUGUGGCAGGCGGAGGGGCGUCCCCCACUGGCGGCGCUUCUGCUGGUGCGGGCUCAGCUGGGGGAGGGGUUUCUGGGGGAGGUGCAGGGGUGGGGAUGGGUGCGGGUGGUUCUGGUGGGGCAGGUGCGGUGGGGGACGGUGGGGGUGGGAGCAGAAGCGGCGCAGGGGGGAGUGGCGGGGGAGGCGGGAAAGGUGGUGAGGGGAAUGAGGGGAUUCGGAGGGGACACACAGCCACAGGCAGCAUCAUCAGUGCGAUGGGGAUGCUGGCUGGAGCAGGAGGGGGGGGGCACGCAGAUGGGGGUGAGAGGGCAGGGGAGAGAGGCGCGCGGGGUGGGGAGCGAGCAGGAGAAAGAGGGGGGGACAGAGGAGGCGAGAAGGGCGGAGAGAGAGGGGGAGCGGGGGCAAGCGGAGGGGGGGGCUCGGAUGGAAAAGAGGCCGGGGGAAGCGGGAGUGGGAGCAGCAGCAGCGGGAACCAGUCGCAGGGGGGCGCGCCAGCAGGGGUGAGCAGGCUAUGGGGGGUAGCAGCAGGCGCAGCGUCUUUCCACUCACGCAUGGUGAGCUUCAGUGGCGUUCUCGUAAAGGACGAGGACCAGGGCAUGCUAGGCCGCGGCGUGGGGGAUAUACGGAAGAAGUACGAAGUGGGGGAGAAGGUCGGGGAGGGGCGCAGCGGCGUGGUGGUGCGCGCGUGCGUGGAGCGCAAGAGCCGGGCGCGAUUCGCGUGCAAGUCGAUUGCGAAGACGACGCUGGGGGAUGCGAAGAAGGUGGAGGCGCUGCGGGUGGAGGUGGCUGUGAUGGAAGCGGUGGGGUCGCAUGCUAACAUUGUGGCACUGCAUGACACUGUGGAAGACGCCCAGGUGAAGGUGGCUGUGAUGGAGGCGGUGGGGUCGCAUGCUAGCAUUGUGGCGCUGCAUGACACUGUGGAGGAUGCUCAGGUGCGUGCAGUAAAGGGAGGGAGAGAGAGGGGACGUGCAUCUGAUAGUAAACCUGUGCAAGGGAGGCGACCUGCCCUCGCGCAUCGACACCUCUCCCCACCUCUCCUUCCACCACUCUCCUUCCUCUCCGUCCUCUUGCCCCACUCGUCCCCUCCCUCCUCGCCCCCUCAGGACGUGCAUCUGAUAAUGGAGCUGUGCGAGGGCGGCGACCUGCUAUCGCACGUCAACACGGCGCCGCACAUCUCAGAGCGCCACGCGGCGGCCAUCUGCCGGCGCAUCGCGGACGCCGUGCGCUUCUGCCACCGCCGCGGCAUCUGCCACCGCGACCUCAAGCCCGAGAACGUGCUGCUCGCUACCAAAGGGGCUGCUGGGGCUGAUCUGCGUGUUGCGGAUUUUGGCAUCUCCACCUUCAUUGAGCCAGGCCAGCGCAUCCGCGGGUACGCAGGCAGCCCGUUCUACAUCGCACCCGAGGUCCUCAACGGGCGGUACGGCUUCGAAGUAGACGUGUGGAGCCUCGGCGUCAUCCUUUACACACUGCUCUCGCAGCGCCUGCCGUUCUGGCAUAGCACCGACAUUGGCGUGUACCGCGCGAUCCUGAAGGGGCAUGUGGAUACGCACACGGGCGCGUGGCUGCAUGUGAGCAAGGACGCCGUGCAUCUGGUGCGCCGCAUGCUGUGCCAAGACCCUGCGGAGAGAAUCACCCUCGACCAGCUGCUAGAGCACCCGUGGAUUCUCAAGCACGACCGCGACACCUCGCCUCUACCGCAGCCCCUACCAGAGCUGCCCAACUGGAAGCUGAGCAAGCGGCGCCGCGCCAUCGCUCGCUCCACAGCCAUUGUCGUGCCGUCCUUCCGCCUGCCCUUCUGCAUCACCCCCCCGGACGGCGCUGUUUCCAUCCUCUCCGUUCCUUCCGUUCCUCCCGUUCCUUCCAUUCCUCUCCAUUCCUCCCAUUCCUCCCGUUCCUCUCCAUUCCUCCCGUUCCUCUCCAUUCCUCCCGUUCCUCUCCAUUCCUCCCGUUCCUCUCCAUUCCUCCCGUUCCUCUCCAUUCCUCCCGUUCCUCUCCAUUCCUCCCAUUCCUCCCGUUCCUCUCCAUUCCUCCCCAUUCCUCCCAUUCCUCCCGUUCCUCUCCAUUCCUCCCGUUCCUCUCCAUUCCUCCCGUUCCUCUCCAUUCCUCCCGUUCCUCUCCAUUCCUCCCGUUCCUCUCCAUUCCUCCCGUUCCUCCCGUUCCUCCAAUUCCUCCCAUUCCCCCCAUGA